GGGGUCUCGGGAGAGCUUUCGGAGGGUGGUUGGACUUUUGGUUUGAAUUGUGUAUAUACUAUAUGUGACAACAGCGUCCGAAGCGUUGCGCGCGUGAGGAGGAGACACGAGAGAUUUGCGUGCACGCACGUCACAUCCUGACAAUUUUUAUUUUACAUUUAUUGCGCAUCUCUCGAACUCAUGUGAGAGCGUUGAUAUCUCGAGUGGAUUUCGUAAUCGAUCGCCGUGCUUCAUUGAUCGCAGAAAUUUACCACCCGAGGAAAGCUCUCAGCCACACCUGUCCGAGAGAGAGAGAGAGGGAGCGUGAACAUGGCUUCGCGCGGACAACACGCGGGACGCGAUGCAGUUUGUUGUUGCUUGUGCCUGUUGCUGACGGGCGUCACCGCACUCGCUCAGAAUUACAUGGAACCAGGCAGACGAGACUACAAUCGCGGCAAUGUGUACGUGCCCCAAGAAGUGGACCUACGUGAAACGACUUACGAGUUCAAGGGCAGAAGGUACCACAAGGAUUAUCUGGACCCUUCUUACAGAGGACCCACGAGAACACCCGAGGAUCGACGUAUUUACGAUGAUACAACACAAAGAAUCCCGUUGCCGGGAAUAUUAGCUUAUUGGCGGAAAGAUCUUCAGGGAAGAGAGAGAGCGGAUUCGAAAAAUUUUCGAGACAGAGAUGUGUAUGUGAGCACAAAUUACGGUCAAAUUCAAGGAUUUAAAGUUCAGUUGUACGACGAUCCCAAUGUGAGACAUAAGCCGUAUAACAGGGUGGUGGAAAGAGUCACAAAAGAUGUUACCGUAUUUUUGGGUAUUCCUUACGCUAUGCCGCCUACUCAAGAAGGUCGUUUCAAACCUCCUAGACCUCACAGAGGGUGGCAGCUCAUGCAAGCUGUUGAUUGGGGUCCAGCUUGUCCACAGCCUAGCGAAUAUACUGGUUUUACAAAGGGUGUGAGAGAUGUACACGAAGACUGUUUGUAUCUGAAUAUAUUUACACCGACUGUUCGUUCCGGACUGGCGAAUAAGUACUCGGUAAUGUUUUACAUACACGGCGGCGAGUUUACCCAUGGAGCUAGCAAUUUGUUCCCGGCACACAUGCUAGCUGCGUUUUACGAUGUUGUAGUAGUGUCAAUUAAUUAUCGUCUCGGAGCUCUUGGAUUUUUAAGUACUGGAGAUGAGAAUAGUCCUGGGAAUUAUGGAAUCCUUGAUCAGGCUAUGGCUUUGCGAUGGGUUUAUGACAACAUAGCCGUGUUUAACGGAAAUCCUAAUUCUAUAACAUUGUUCGGACCGGGUGCUGGCGCAGCAAGCGCAGGCUUAUUAAUGGUCGCGCCUAGAACUCGGCACAUGGUAUCAAAAGUAAUUGCCCAAUCGGGCUCAGCUUUGGCUGAUUGGGCUGUGAUAAUGGACAAAUAUCGAGCGCAAAAUACAUCUCGAGUAUUUGCGGAAACGCUCGGUUGCAGUAUAGAGAGCAGUUGGAAAUUGGUACAGUGUCUAAAAGACGGACGUAGUUUCUACGAAUUAGGUAAUUCCGAAGUGAAACCACACGUGGGGAUGUUUCCUUGGGCACCUGUGCUAGAUAUCAAUUUCACAAUGCCUCAGGAUGAUUGGUACGAAGAUUGGAGAGCGUCUGAUUGGCGCUUUUUUUCGGAAACGCCAGAAGAGAGUAUCAAAGCUCGCAAAUAUAAGGAAGAUCUAGCUUACAUGGCUGGUGUGACAACUCAGGAAGCAGCGUAUAUCAUAAAGAAUAACGCCACGUUAGCAAAGAAUUGGUAUAUAAUAGAUUCGGAAUUAUUCGAUCAAAAACUUUGGGAAUUAGUUCUUCAAUACAAUUACACCUUAAACAAACAAGGUGUUUACGAGGCAAUAAAGUACAUGUACACGUAUUGGCCGGAUCCGACAAACGUUACUCAUAUACGUGAUCAGUACAUAAAUCUUUUAUCAGAUUUCCAUUACGUUGCGCCGAAUGAUAAAAUAGUAAAACUGUUGGUAGAGAAACAUGUACCUACCUAUCUGUACGUGUUAAAUACCUCUGUUGAAGCGUUUCACUCGCCACAGUGGGCCAGAGUUUCUCAUAACACGGAACUUCUGUGGCUAACAGGAGCUCCGUUUAUGGAUGUCGAAUUCUUUCCGGAAAAAUGGAAGUUGCAUCAAGACAUGUGGACUGACAACGAUCGUAACAUGAGUCACUUCUUUAUGUCGGCGUAUUCCAAUUUUGCAAAAUACGGAAAUCCAACGCCUUCGCAAAUUUUGGGUUUACACUUUGAUCUCGCUCGUUACGGACAAUUGCGUUACCUCAAUAUCAACACAACGUACAACAGCUCGAUUCAAGUGAAUUAUCGUCAAACUGAGAGCGCGUUUUGGUCGAUGUACUUGCCGACAGUUAUCGGUCACCUCGUUCCUACGUAUCCUCCUGUUACCGAAUAUUGGUGGGAACCUAAGCAACCGCUGCAGAUUGCGUUCUGGUCAAUGUCGUCGGCGUGUUUGUUGUUGCUCGUGAUGUCUGUAGUGUGUUGCAUGCUUUGGCGUAAUGCCAAAAGACAAUCUGAUCUCUACUAUAGCGGAGACAUCCUGAUGGUACGAGACGACGAGCCUUCCGAGGGAAUCGAGAAUUUAACACGCUCAUCUAAGGAAAAUAUAUACGAAUAUCGCGACGUGCCGUCAUUAAAAUCCAGAAUGCCCCGUCAAAAUGAGACGAGAUUACAGGAGCGUUUAGCUCACAAUAGAAAAUUCAGUUCCACAUCUUCGUUAAGGAGCAAUUCUAACGUCUCCUUAAAAGAUAUGAAGUCGGAAAGUUUUGUCACAAGCUCGCCUAACGGUCAGCCUACACUGACGAAAGCAAUGAGUCAACCUUCACUGCCGAAAUCUAAAAGCAAGACGCUUCUAGUGCAGGGUGUACCACAAACAGCUGUUUAAUAUUUCAGUUACCAGUACGUAGCAUUGAAAAAAAAAAAAAAAAAAAA